AUGAUGUGGGCGCCGCUGCUGGCGUGUCUCGCCGCGGGGAUCAUCUCCGUGCAGAAGUGCCAGCGCGGCCCCGGGCCCCUCCUCGGCGCGGCCCGGCUGUUGGCGGCCGCGCCGGGACUCUGCCAGCGCCCAGAAAACAGAUGUGCCACUUCAAAUGCAGUAACAUGCACAAAGUGCCUUGCUUUGGGUCCAGAGUGUGGAUGGUGUGCUCAAGAGGAUUUCACGGCUGACACAACACAGACGGGACGCUGUGACACUGUUUUUAACUUAAUGAAAAGAGGCUGCCAAUCAGAUUUUGUAGAAAAUCCCACAGUUCAUGUAGCAAUACCGAGUGACCAUGAAACAAAUACACAAGUGAUACCGGGAGAAGUUUCAGUCCAACUGCGUCCAGGAAGCGAAACAAACUUUAUAUUAAAAGUCCGUCCUCUAGAGAAAUACCCUGUGGAUCUCUAUUACCUAGUUGAUGUCUCAGCCUCUAUGCACAACAAUAUAGAAAAAUUAAAUUCAGUUGGAUUUGCUCUAUCUAAAAAAAUGGAGAAUAUUUCUCUUGAUUUUCGACUUGGAUUUGGAUCAUAUGUGGAUAAAACUGUGUCACCCUAUAUUAGCAUUCACCCAGGUAGAAUCCAUAACCAAUGCAGUGAUUAUAAUUUAGAUUGUAUGCCUCCUCAUGGUUAUAUUCAUGUGCUAUCCCUGACUGACAACAUAGGAGAAUUCAGAAAUGCAGUGAAUAAACAAAAAAUUUCUGGGAAUAUUGAUACACCCGAAGGGGGUUUUGAUGCAAUGCUCCAAGCAGCUGUAUGCCAGAGUCAUAUUGGAUGGCGCAAAGAAGCCAAGCGACUACUUCUUGUGAUGACAGAUCAAACUUCCCAUCUGGCCCUGGAUAGUAAACUAGCAGGGAUAGUAAUUCCUCAUGAUGGGAACUGCCAUCUGAAAGAUAAUGUGUACGUCAAAGCUACGAGUAUGGAGCAUCCAUCGCUUGGGCAGCUUUCUGAAAAGUUGAUUGACAAUAACAUCAAUGUUAUUUUUGCAGUUCAAGGAAACCAGUUUCAUUGGUAUAAAGAUCUGUUACCGCUGUUGCCUGGUACUGUUGCAAGACAGAUAGAAUCACAAGCAGCAAAUCUCAAUGAUUUGGUGGUGGAAGCCUAUCAGAAACUAAUCUCUGAAGUGAAAAUUCAAGUGGAUAACCAGAUCCAAGAUCUUAAUUUCAAUAUCACUGCAAUCUGUCCUGAUGGAAGUAAAAAAACAGGCAUGGAAGGAUGUAAAAAUGUGGGAUAUAAUGAAGAAGUGCUUUUCAACGUCUCACUUACAAUGAAAGGAUGUCAUACAACUGGAGAGAGAAAAUACGCGAUACUUAAGCCUAUUGGUUUCAAUGAAACCACCAUCAUUAAUGUACAUAAAAACUGUGCCUGUCAGUGUGGAGACAGUGCAAGGCAUAAAAGGGUUUGUGUUGAUGAAACUUUUCCUGAUGGUGAACAGUCCCGUUGCAGUGACACUAACUGUAAUCCCAAUAGAGACACAUUUUCUUCUGAGAGGUGCAGACGACACCAGGACGAGCCCAUCUGCAGUGGCCAAGGAGACUGCGUAGGUGGAAAAUGUUUCUGUUACAAAAACAAGCUGGGCAAGGUGUAUGGCAAGUACUGUGAAAUGGAUGAUUUUUCCUGCCCAUAUCACCAUGGAAACUUGUGUUCUGGUAAUGGCGAAUGUGAAGCUGGUAAAUGUAAAUGCUUUGCUGGCUGGGAAGGUGACCGUUGUCAGUGUUCGUCGCAAUUAGCAAAACAGUGCCUGAAUUCAAAGGGGCAAGUUUGCAGUGGAAGAGGAAAUUGUGUAUGUGGAAAGUGUGAAUGCACUGAUCCAAGAAGCUUUGGCCGUUUGUGUGAAUAUUGCCCUAGUUGUAACAGUGCCUGUGAAGAAAACUGGAAUUGUGUUCAGUGCCAUCAUCCUAACAAUGCAUCUCAAGCUAUACUUGACCAGUGUAAAACCUCAUGCAGUUAUAUGUUGCAUUAUAUUGACCAAACUUCAGAAUGUUUCUCUGGACGAAGCUACUUUAGAAUCUUUUCCAUAAUCUUUAUAGUUACAUUUCUGAUUGGAUUGCUUACUGUACUUAUCAUCAGGCAGAUAAUUCUGCAGUGGAAUAGCAAUAAAGUUAAGUCUUCAGCUGGUUACAGAGUAUCUACAACAAAGAAGGAUAAGAUGUUUUUGCCUACUGUUUGUACCAGAACGGUAACAUACAGACGUGACAAACCAGAAGAAAUAAAUAUCGACAUCAGCAAGUUACGAUUAAACGAAACCUUCAAGUGUGAAUUCUGAAGACAGUGUUUUCUGCAAAUGUCUAUUUCCAUCAUUUUCUACUUUUAAAAAGUACUUUUGUACUCUGUAAGAGUCUCGACUGUUGCUAUUUGAUUUUGUGUCAUGUAUUUUGUUAAAUACUGUAACAAAGUGACAUGCAAACAUAGUCACAUAAUGUGACUCUGUUUGAAGUGAUAGCUGCUGUUUUUUGGGGGGUUUAUUGUUUUGGGGGUUUUUUUUUGUUGUUGUUGUUUUGGGUUUUUUUAAGAGAA